ACGCUUAGUCUGCUGGAGUUCGCCAGAGGGGCAAGGACACUUUUGAAAACUUGUAAACAUAUUGCUCUAUAGGUAGUUUUUUCUUUCAUUUCUUACUAUUAUUGAAUGUAAGUGUUAUAUAAAUGUUUAAAGAUAUAUAGAACCUUUUGGCAAAUUUCACAAUAAGUUGACAACACAUGAAUACUGUUAUAUAUGGAUAUAUGUCUUAUUUUUCUCCAUUUUAACAUUUACAGACGGAGAAGAUUUAUACUAUUUCAAAGUUUUUGAACACAAUUUCUCAAAGAAGCAGGAAAUACUCUUUCUUAUUUUAAUGUUGCCAUAUUUGAGCUUACAUAAAAGGCUACCUAAAGAUACAGAAAAAUUGAGAAACAACGAUAUUGCACAGUUAAAAAAGGAUUAUAGAAGAUACACACAGGACAAGAAGCAUUCCCAUACUAUUCUUGUUGAUGUUCCAACUCCGAUUCAACCAAUUAAGGAAACAAGAAUACUCCAACCAUCCUUCACAACAUCACCUACAAUUGAGUCAGUUUCUCAACAUAAUAUGAGAGGUCGUUAUGCAAAAAAAUCACUAAGGGCUAGAUCAACAUCAGAACUAUCUGAUGCAUUUAAUUUUCAUGAAUCAGUAAUAGAAAACAAGGCUAACCGUAGUUUUGAUACAAUGUCUACUACCGACGAGAUGGAAAAGGAAUUUUUUUCUAAAACUACUUUAGUCACUAAAAGAAAUUCUCUGCCAAUUUCUAAUAAUAAUAAACUGAUUGAAAAUCGAAAAGUAAAAUCUUUGGAUGACAAUACUACUUCGCAAAUAAAUAUUAGAGAUCGCACAAGAAGAAGAAAUUUUCAACCCUUCCCUCAGAAAAGUUUAAAUGCUGAUGUCUUAAGAAACGGUAUUAAACUGGGUUUGUAUAGAUCAGACAUACUAACAUCAGCUACUAAAGGAAUGAAUCAUUGAAUUGAUCGAUAUUUAAGUAUAAACAGAUUGGGGUAAGCGUUCACUAUUGCAUACUUCAAAAAGAAACCUACAUCAGCUUAACAGACUUGAAAUCAAUAGAAAUAUAUAAAUAAAAGUAGAUCUAUUUGUGAAAAAUUACCCCUAUUGAAAACAAAAUGAAGAUAUUGAUAGAAUAAGAGAAAAUUUUCGUUUUGUCAUUUUUCUAAAUACCGGUUUAUUCUUCCUUUUUGCUAUGUAG